AUGCCGUUCACCAUUGAAGCGGCACACCUCUGGAAAGCCUUCGUCCUUAUGCUCAUCUGGGUCGUGACAAAUUCCUCUCGCCCGCUCUUUGUGGUGUUCUUUGACUGGCUAAGUGUCCACUUCAAGCAUUGGCUUGAGCGCAUGUGGCCUUUGCCAGAAGGGGGGAGUCCGGAGGCCAGGCCAGACCAAGAGAAUAAGGGGAGUGUAGGGGCGGAGGAGAGUGAGGAGGGGAAGAAGAAAAAGGGGAGUUUAGGGGAUAGUGAGGAGGAGAGUGAUGAUGAGAGUGAAGGGGGAGUGAAGCUGAGUGAGGGGAGUGUAGGGGAGAAGAAGAGAGCGUGGCGGAGGGUGUGGAGAGUGGUGGUGGAGGAGGAGGAGGAGGAGGAGGAGGAGAAGUUUGUACGGUCUGACUUGCCUGGCUAUGGACUCCUCGCCCAAACAAAGGACAUCCUGAAACCUCGGGUGGAGAAACUGCGACACUGGCGUGGUCUCCGCAGGGAAGUGGAUUUGGAGAAGGGGGUGAGGGGACGAUCCAAAUCCGCUGGCCCUGUGCCACAUCAAUCGCAGCCCAAAGCAACCCAGGUCGAAGCCAGUGGAGGAGCCGCGCCUGGUGAUCUCAAUGCCAUUGUCUCGGUGCUGAUCCCACUGGUGGUCAAUCUGAAGCAUAGAGGUUGGCGGUUCCAAGGUGCAGUCCUUCCUUUUGUUUUUCUUUUUUUGUCAUUCGUUUUUUUCUUUUUGGUCGUUCUUUUUUGGGCUUUUUGUCGUUCUCUUUUUGGUGUUUUGGUCGUUCCUUUUUUUUUUUUAGAGGGUUUGUGUUUUGUUUUGUGUUUUGUUGUCUUUUUUGGGGUCGUUCUUUUCUUUAAUAUCACUAUCUUGUAUAUCACUAUCUCCCAUAUUACUAUUUCCUCUAUUACUAUGGUUCGGCAGGGUGCGCGGGUUGGUGGAAACGAGCCUCCCAAGACGACGAUCACUUUCCAUCUUCCAUCGAAAGGGCUUUCCCGGCCUGGGACUGUCGGUACGUUGUGUCGGCUUGCGUCUUCGUCUAAUCCUUUGCGUUUGGUGACGAUAUCCUCAACGUCGUAUGUGUUGUCUCUAUGGUUUGGUUCGUCGGCAUCAGUUAAGGUUUGGCUUGCGAGAUCGACCGGCUCUGCGUGGAAUAGCAUAGUUGAGCCUGCAUUAAGAUACCCUGAGUGCUGA